CUCGACCGCCCCGGGGCCCAGCGAGGGCCCCUGGAGGCCGCAAACGGUCAGACACCUCCCGUCGUGAUGUUGCCGCGGCGCGAGCAUUGUCGGGGGGGUCGCAGCCGUCCCGGCCCGAGCCGGCCCGCGCGGCACCCCGCUGCGGCCAGGCCUCCGCACAGAGGGGCCAGGAGUGCGGCGGCAUGGGGCUGGUGUGGAAGCUGGUCGUGGCGUCGCUGUGGGCGCCGGGCGCGGCGGGGACGGCUCCGGGGGCGCUGAAGUUGGACAACUACACCCUGGACAAGGCCCUCGGCAUCCCGGACUUUUCCCUCCUGCUCAAGGUGGACCAGUCGUACGCCUACGGGGACAAGGAGGACCAGUUCAAGACCCUGGCCAAGCUGGCCUACGCCGUGCCCAAGUUCCUGAUCGCGGAGGUGCCCGUGCAGGAGUACGGGGAUAAGGAGAACGACGACAUCCGUCAGCGCUUCAAGCUCGAGAAGGCGGACUACCCAGCGUACAUGCUGUUCAGCGAGGCCAACAAGGAGGGCCUGAGGUACUCCGGCGAGGUCAAGGCGCCAGAGCUUGCCGUGUGGCUCCGGAAAAACGGGAUCAAGAUGCCCGCCAUCGGCACCAUCGCGGAGCUCGACGAGCUUGCGGCGAAGUUCCUGGCCGAUAAGGGGGCGGAGCACAUCAAGGCGGCAAAGUCGCUGGCUGAGUGGGAGUUCAAGGGCGACAGGAAGGCCCCCAUGUACGUGAAGAUCAUGGAGAGAAUACGGGACAAGGGCCACGAGUUCGUCAAGUCGGAGCGGGACCGCGUGAGCAAGAUCAUGCAGGGAGGAAAAAUCUCCGAGGAGAAGAAGGAGGAGAUGCAGGACAAGCUCAACGUGCUCGGCUCCUUCGAGCUGUAGCGUCGGGCGGGCCCGCGAGAUCGUUUUGGCGGAUCGGGCCGGCCGUCCGUCGGGCGCGCCCGGCGUCGAUGCGCCUGGCAUAGACCGCGCGCGCGCGCUCUCGCCGCGCCGCGCACGAGACCCUGCUCCUCCCCUCCCUCCUCGUCCCCCCUUCCUCCUCCUCGAUUCUUCGCCGCCCUCCUUCCACCUCCUCCUCCUCCUCC